GGGAGCGCGCACAGCACUGUCCUGACCUGUGCGGGACUCUGGACAAGACGCGCUGGCUUUGAGGCUCGUCCGGACACUCAGCUCUAGUCCAGAGCGCACUUUUACAGGACUACAACCACAGACUGGAGGACUACAAACCGCGCGUCACGGACCACUUGUUCGUGUGUUUUUUGAGUCCGGAGCGUGCAGCGGAAUGUUUCGGAGCUGAGCCCACCUGAGGACCACCUGCCCCGGCCCGCAGGAUGUCCGAGUCCGCCUCCAGCUUUCUCCACAUCGGAGACAUCGUGUCUCUGUUCGCGGAGGGCUCUGUCAAUGGCUUCAUCAGUACCUUAGGUUUGGUGGAUGACCGAUGUGUGGUGGAGCCUAAUGCUGGAGACCUGGAUAACCCUCCCAAGAAAUUUAGAGACUGCCUAUUUAAAGUAUGCCCUAUGAGCAGAUACUCAGCACAGAAACAGUUCUGGAAAGCUAAACAGGCCAAACAUGAGAAGGACAAGAUUGGCGACGUUGUACUACUGCAAAAACUACAGCAUGCAGCGAAUCUGGAGCAGAAACAGAACGAGACGGAAAACAAGAAGGUCCACGGAGAUGUCGUUAAAUAUGGCACAGUUAUUCAGCUAUUACACAUGAAGAGCAAUAAGUAUCUGACAGUGAACAAGCGUCUGCCUGCUCUGCUUGAGAAGAAUGCCAUGAGAGUCACGCUGGACGGCACUGGCAACGAGGGGUCCUGGCUGUUCAUACAACCAUUCUGGAAACUACGGGCCAAUGGGGAUAAUGUUGUAGUUGGAGACAAAGUGAUUCUGAAUCCAGUUAAUGCUGGUCAACCUCUGCACGCUUCAAACUAUGAGCUGACAGACCAUCCAGGCUGUAAAGAGGUGAACUCUGUGAACUGUAACACCAGCUGGAAGAUCAACCUCUUCAUGAUGUUCAGUGACCACCGAGAGGAAUUCCUAAAAGGAGGUGAUGUGGUGCGUUUAUUCCAUGCUGAGCAGGAAAAGUUCCUCACCUGUGACGAGUACAAGAGCAAAUUGCAUGUGUUUCUGCGAACCACGCUCCGACAGUCUGCUACUUCUGCCACCAGCUCCAACGCUCUGUGGGAGGUUGAGGUGGUUCACCAUGACCCAUGCAGAGGAGGAGCUGGACACUGGAACAGUCUGUACAGGUUCAAACACUUGGCCACAGGGAACUACCUGGCUGCUGAGGAAAACCCUGGAUAUAAAGGAGACCUGGAGCUCACGUCCUCUAUGGACGGCAGCCGUAGUAAGAAACGUUCUCAUGGAGAGAGGAUCAAGUACAAAUUGGUGGCAGUUCCUCAUGGCAAUGACAUCGCCUCAUUAUUUGAACUGGACCCAACCACACUCCAGAAGACAGACUCCUUUGUACCCAGAAAUUCUUAUGUGCGUCUGAGACACUUGUGCACCAACACCUGGAUUCAGAGCACCAAUGUCCCUAUUGAUGUGGACGAGGAGCGGCCAAUCAGAUUAAUGUUGGGGACAUGUCCAACCAAAGAGGACAAAGAGGCCUUUGCAAUUGUGUCUGUUCCUGUCAUGGAAAUCCGAGACCUGGACUUUGCCAAUGACGCCUCAGCGAUGUUGAGUGCUGUGGUGGACCAGUUUAACCAGGGUUUCAUCAGCCCCAAUGACAGGAGAUUUGCAGUGAAGCUUUUGGAGGAUCUAGUGUUUUUUGUGGCUGAUGUGCUGAACAGCGGACAGCCAGUUUUGGAUGUUGUGAUGACCAAACCAAACCGAGAGAGACAGAAGCUGAUGAGAGAGCAGAACAUCCUCAAGCAGGUCUUUGGAUUACUAAAGGCCCCAUUUAAAGACCGAGGUGAAGGUGAGGGUCCUCUACUGUGUCUGGAGGAACUGUGCGACCAGAAGAAUGCUCCCUAUCAAUACAUGCUCCGAUUGUGCUACAGAGUUCUCAGACACUCCCAAGAUGAUUACCGCAAGAACCAGGAGCACAUUGCAAAGCAGUUUGGAGUGAUGCAGAGUCAGAUUGGAUACGACAUUUUAGCCGAAGACACCAUCACAGCGUUACUCCACAACAAUAGGAAACUCCUGGAGAAACACAUUACCAAAACAGAGGUGGAAACCUUUGUCAGUCUGGUACGAAGGAACAGAGAGCCCAGGUUUCUGGAUUACCUGUCAGACCUAUGUGUGUCAAAUAAUGUAGCUAUUCCAGUAACACAGGAGCUCAUCUGUAAAUGUGUUUUGGAUCCUAAGAACCAAGACAUCCUCAUCAAAACAGAACGUCGUGUCCCUAAAGAGGCUCCCGCUGGUGCUGUCACUGGGGAAUACAUGGAUGAGUUUGGAGACGAGGAUGAGGUGUGGUUGAUGUGGACAGAUAAAACGAAUGAGCGUCAGGAGAAGAGCAUCAGACAGCUGGCUCAGGAAGCCAGACAAGGGAACGCACAUGACGAUAAUGUGCUCACCUACUACAGGUACCAGCUGAAGCUGUUCGCCCGCAUGUGCCUGGACAGACAAUACUUAGCUAUAGAUGAGAUCUCCAAGCAGCUGGAUGUGGAUCUGAUCUUCCUGUGUAUCAUGGAUGAAACGCUGCCCUUUGACCUACGCGCAUCCUUCUGCAGACUCAUGCUUCACGCUCAUGUGGACCGAGACCCUCAAGAGCUGGUCACUCCGGUCAAGUUUGCCCGACUGUGGACGGAGAUUCCCACCGCUAUUACUAUCAAGGAUUACGACUCAAAUAUGGAUGACAGUCGAGAUAACAAAAAGAACCGUUUUUCCAACACCAUGGUUUUUAUGGAGGAUUAUCUCAACAAUGUUCUGAACGACGAGUUGCCCUUCCAUAAUGAGGAGAAGAACAAACUCACAUAUGAGGUGGUGAGUUUGGCGCGUCACCUGAUUUACUUCGGUUUCUACAGUUUCUUUGAGCUUUUACGCUUGACCCGGACUUUGUUAGGAAUUAUUGAUUGUCGACCGAACCCUGCACACAGCGGACCUAUGUUCCAUGAGGAGUCUGCAGGUAAAAAUGUAAAGAGGUCGAUCCAUGGCAUGGGGCAGAUGAUGUCUACCAUGGUACUGAACAGGAAACAGUCCAUAUUUGGUGGAUCAGGACAGAGGGGGGCGGGGCUUGCACUUGAAGCACAGCGAGGCAAAGACAGCAUAGAGAACAUGGACCUGACCGUGAUGGACACCAAGCUCAAAAUCCUCGAGAUCCUGCAGUUUAUCCUGAAUGUGCGCCUGGAUUACCGGCUUUCAUUUCUUUUGUCUGUCUUUAAAAAGGAGUUUGUAGAGGUUUAUCCAAUGGCUGAUGCUGAUGCCACAACCAAUAUGGAGACUGCAGCCUCCAUAAACCUCUUGCAGAUUGGAGAACAAGCCGAAGCCAUGUUUGGUGUUGGGAAGGGGAACAGUGUGUUGGAGGUGGAUGAUGAAGGCGGAAGGAUGCUACUGCGUGUUCUGAUCCACCUCACGAUGCACAACUAUCCCCCCCUAGUGUCUGGGGCACUGCAGCUGCUGUUCCGACACUUCAGCCAGAGACAGGAGUUGUUACACACCUUCAAACAGGUGCAGCUGCUGAUCUCUGCGCAAGAUGUGGAGAACUACAAACUGAUCAAAGCAGAUCUGGACCGACUGCGGACUUUGGUGGAAAAGUCCGAACUGUGGGUUGAAAAAAAGAACUCAGGAGAGAAGAAGGAGAAGGGAGGGGACAAGAAGAAAGACGAGAAGAAGGAGAAGACUGAGGGGGCAUCAGAAGAGCCUGUGGUGAAGAAGGACAAACUGGAGAAGACAAAUGAAAACUACCAGAGAGUCAAAGAGAUUCUGGAGCGUUUGAAUAAAAUGUGCAGUACCGGAGUGUGGAAGAAACAGCAGAGACUCUUGAAGAACAUGGGCGCCCACAAAGUCAUGUUGGACCUGCUCCAAGUGUCUUACGACAAGAAUGAUCUGAAGAUGCAGGAGAUCAUCCGCUACACUCACCAGUUCCUGCAGAGGUUCUGUCUUGGGAACCAGGAGAAUCAAGCACUGCUGCACAAAAACCUCAGCCUUUUCCUUAACCCUGGGCUGCAGGAAGCAGAGACCGUGCAGCACAUCUUCAGUAAUAACUACCAGCUCUGCUCUGAGAUUUCUGAGAGCGUCCUUCAACACUUCAUCCACUGCCUUGCCACUCACGGACGCCACGUGCAGUACCUCAACUUCCUCCACACCAUCAUCAAGGCUGAAGGGAAAUAUGUGAAGAAGUGCCAGGACAUGAUUAUGACUGAGCUGACCAAUGCAGGCGAAGAUGUGGUGGUCUUCUACAAUGACAAAACUUCAUUCAAUGUGAUGCUGCAGCUCAUGACUGAGAGCAGAGAGGGCGUGCAGGAGAACAGUCCACUCAGGUACCACAUUUCUCUAGUGGAGUUGUUAGCCGCCUGUGCUGAAGGAAAGAAUGUGUACACAGAAAUCAAAUGCACCUCACUACUUCCCCUGGAGGAUGUGGUGAGAGUGGUUACGCAUGAGGACUGCAUCACUGAGGUGAAAAUCGCUUAUGUGAACUUUGUGAACCACUGUUACGUGGACACUGAGGUGGAGAUGAAGGAGAUCUACACAUCCAACCACAUUUGGAAACUUUUUGAAGAUUUCACAGUGGACAUGGCUCGGGUGUGUAACAAACGUGAGAAACGCCUCUCUGACCCGGUUCUAGAGAAGUAUAUCAUUAAUGUGGUCUUUGAUACCAUCACAGCCUUCUUUAGCUCUCCCUUCUCUGAGAACAGCACCAGUUUGCAGACCCACCACACUAUAGUAACACAGCUGCUACAAUCGUCGGUUCGACUCCUGGAUUGCCCCUGGCUUCAGCAACAGCACCGACCACAGGUUGAAACUUGCAUCAAGACUCUGGCCAUGACAGCCAAAAGCCGUUCCAUCUCCAUCCCACUGGACCUUGAGGCUCAGAUCAACUCCAUGUUGUCGACUUCAGCACUGAACUCUCUCUCUCGCUCCAAUCCUCACUAUAAGUCUUCUCGCACAACUCGCGUCGCUGCCCCUAGCAACCCUUGGGACUACAAGAACAUCAUUGAAAAACUACAGGACAUGAUCAACACUUUGGAGCUGCGCCUUAAGCCUUUAGUGAACGCAGAGCUCUCUGUCCUAGUGGAUGUACUGCUUCAGCCUGAACUGCUGUUUCUGGAGGGAACAGAUGCAAGGCAGCGCUGCGAGACAGGCGGAUUCAUAUCCAAAUUGAUCCAGCACACUAAAGCUCUGAUGUCAUCUGAGGAGAAACUGUGUAUCAAAGUGUUGAAGACACUGCAGGAAAUGCUUAUCCGCACCUUCGACUUCGAUGAAAAGGGGAUUGCUUUGAGGAAAGUGCUGCUACAGAAUUAUCUGUUUCCGACUAAAAAGAACAAUCCCAAAGCUGACUUGGCUGAGCUCAUGUCUGCAGGCCCAGAACAGGAGAGGGACUGGGCAGCGGUGGCAGCGAAUCAGUGCCGCCUUGAUCGAGAAGGAGGGACAAAACUGUUCACUGAUUUAGUGAUGAGCACCAAGAAUGACAAGAUCUUCCUGGAGAGCAUCCAGCUGGCCAUAUGUCUGCUGGAGGGAGGCAAUACUGAGAUUCAGAACUCCUUCUAUAAGCUGAUGAUGGGUGAUAAUAAAUCAGAGAAGUUCUUCAAAGUCCUAAACGACCGUAUGAAGGAGGCGCAGACCGACAUUAAAGCCACAGUAUCAGUGAAUGUGGGAGAGAUGACCCACAAGGCCAAUGAGAAAGAGCUCGAGCCAGGUUCCCCUUCUGGGCUGGUUCUUCCUGGGUCCCUCUUGGUCCAGAAUCAGGUCGCAGCUCAUACAGAACCUCAGCAGAAAGAGGUGGAGACUGAGAUGGGUCCAGCCGUUACCAUAAUGAAGCCAAUCCUCCGCUUUCUCCAACUACUCUGCGAGAACCACAAUCACGACCUGCAGAACUUCCUGCGGUGCCAAAACAAUAAGACCAACUAUAACUUGGUCUGUGAGACGCUGCAGUUCCUGGACAUCAUGUGUGGCAGCACCACUGGGGGACUGGGUUUACUCGGACUCUACAUCAACGAGUCCAAUGUGCCCCUCAUCACCCAGACCCUGGAGACCCUCACUGAAUACUGCCAAGGGCCCUGCCAAGAGAACCAGACUUGUAUUGUGACCCAUGAGUCAAACGGCAUUGACAUUAUCACUGCUUUGAUCCUGAAUGACAUCAGCCCACUCUGCCGUUACCGCAUGGACAUGGUUCUGGAGCUCAAGGACAAUGCAUCAAAGCUGCUGCUGGCUCUAAUGGAGAGUCGGCAUGAUAAUGAGAAUGCCGAAAGAAUUCUGUUCAACCUUAGACCAAGAGAACUGGUGGAUGUAAUAAAGAAGCUGUACCAACAAGACCCAGACUGUGAGGGUGAAGUUUCUCCUCAGGACGUGGGCCAUAACAUUUACAUCCUGGCCCAGCAGCUCGGUCCACACAACAAGAUCCUCCAGGGCCUUCUCAAGCCUCAGAAGAGACAGCAAGAAGGAGACGACAGCCUCAGCUCUAUGUUGAACUUGAACAAUCGGCCACUCUCUCAAAUGUUGAAGUCUGGUGGUCCCCCUCUUGCUUUGGAGCAGGACCCGCUGGACUACUACGACCAGCUCACCGCUCAGAUUGAGAUUGUGCGUGAGGAUCGCAGCAUGGAGCAGAUUGUGUUCCCUGUUCACCCCAUCUGUGAGUUUCUGACUGAAGAGUCCAAGGUCAGAGUGUUCAACACCACAGAACAGGAUGAACAGGGGUCAAAGGUCACACACUUCUUUGAGCAGACCUCCUUCCUGCAUGGAGAGAUGGAGUGGCAGAAGAAACUCAGGAGUAUGCCCGUGCUUUACUGGUUCUCUCGGAGGAUGACUCUGUGGGGAACUAUCUCCUUCAAUCUUGCUGUUUUUAUAAAUCUCAUCAUCGCCUUCUUCUACCCAUACAACUCAGGACAAGGUUCCAUUGAUGACUCGGUCCUCUUAAUGGUCUUCUGGAUCUUGACCGGGAUGACGGUCUUGGCGCUUCUGGCUCAGAAGUAUGGACUCCGACUGUUGACCCUGGCUUUAAUCCUGAGGUCGGUCUACCACCUCGGUAUUGCCAACACCCUGUUGCUGCUCGGAUCGCUCAAUCUGCUGAAUAAAAUUGUCUUUGUGGUGAGUUUUGUGGGGAACAAUGGGACCUUCAUUAUGGGCUACAAGGCCAUGAUUCUGGACAUGGAGUUCCUGUACCACCUGGCCUACGUCCUCACCUCCACCCUGGGCCUGUUUGUACAUGAGCUCUUCUACAGCAUCCUGCUUUUUGACCUGAUCUACCAAGAGGAGACUCUGCUAAAUGUGAUCAAAAGUGUGACUCGAAAUGGCAGGUCCAUUCUUCUCACAGCACUGUUGGCUCUGAUCCUGGUUUACUUGUUCUCCAUCGUGGGCUUCCUGUGUCUGAAGGAGGACUUCAUCAUGGAGGUUGACCCGCUGCCGCAGAUCUCUCAAGCGGCAGCGGAGCAGAGCGAGGCAGCCCAGGACUUCCUCCGUUCCUGUUCUGCAGAUGGAGUGAGCUGUACCACGGAGACUUCUGCUAUAGCAGCACCCGAAGGGGAGGAGGAGGAAGCAAGUACAGAACGUGCCUGUGACACACUGCUCAUGUGCAUUGUCACUGUUCUGAACCAUGGCCUGAGGAACGGAGGAGGAGUGGGAGAUGUGUUGCGCAAACCCUCCAAGAAUGAGCCGCUGUUUCCUGCACGUGUGGUGUAUGACUUACUCUUCUACUUCAUUGUGAUUAUCAUCGUCCUAAACCUGAUCUUUGGAGUCAUCAUCGACACGUUUGCAGACCUGAGGAGCGAAAAGCAGAAGAAAGAAGAGAUCCUCAAGACGACAUGCUUUAUAUGUGGUUUGGAGAGAGAUAAGUUUGAUAACAAAACAGUUUCCUUUGAGGAACAUAUCAAAAUGGAACACAACAUCUGGAACUACCUCUACUUCAUUGUCCUGGUGCGAGAAAAAAACAAGACGGACUACACAGGACCAGAGAGCUAUGUGGCCCACAUGAUCAAGAACAAUAACCUGGACUGGUUCCCACGGAUGCAGGCCAUGUCUCUGGUGGUGACAGAUGCAGAUGGAGAGCAGAACGAGAUGAGGAUGCUCCAAGAUAAACUAGCUUCAACCAUGAAAGUGGUCACUACACUGACCGGGCAACUUAAUGAACUAAAGGAACAGAUGACAGAGCAGAGGAAGAGGAGGCAGAGGAUGGGCUUUGUGGACGUACAGAAUGGAGCCACACCUGGACCUCCAAGCGCCGCUGGAGGGAACCACCAGAUCUACAAGUCCUGAACCAGACUUGAGCACUACAAGUCUACAGCCCAGAACCACAGUUUAAGUACAAAUCUAAGCACAAAUCCUGACUAUGAGAUCUAACCAAGGUUUUAGUUAACAAACACAUGAAUACAAGUAAAUGCAACAAACCUGGUUUAGGGCCUCUUCUAGGGUGACCACCUCAAAUUGAUAAAAAAAAAAGAGAGGGAUACUUUGAAUGUGGUGAGAUAUGGAGGGACAGACUCUGGAAUAUUAAUCCCUAGAAAAUACUUGACUGCAAUAAUUUAAACAUAAGAUGCAUCCAUAUAAAAAACAGAAUGCCAAUUCUGUUGAAUUUUGUUGCGAGAAAAAAAAAAAAAAGUGUAUUUAAUUUUUAUAAUUAAUAUGCCAUCAAUGAAAAAGUGGGACAGUGCCUAAAGGGCUGUGCAUGGCAACCGACCGAGGCACAGGUGGUUACCCUAACCCAGGGGUCGGCAACCCAUGGCUCUGGAGCCACAUGCAGCUCUUUCAUCCUUGUACUGUGGCUAGUAUUUAAUUGAAGUGUAUUUUAUUUGUGUUAGUUAUUUUUUUCAAUUGUAGUUCUAAAUUCGAAGAUUAUUGUGCUCUUAAAAUAUUAAAACAAAAAUUAUAUUUUAUUAUUUUUAAUCACUUAAAAUAAGCAUCACACUCGCGGAAGCCGGUAUACCUGCCAAAACACUGCAUUUAUCGAGACUUUCAAUCCGCCACAUCUACAUAAACAUGAAGAAAUAUGCAUUUGGAGUCCUGCUGAUCUCCAGAUCCUCAUACGUACGUGAGCCACUUUUCUCCACCAUGAACUAUGUUAAAAACAAACGCCGCUCACGCCUCACAGAUGACCGUUUACAGUCCUGUGUAAAAAUGAAAGUGCAGCCCCAAUUUACAGAUGGUGUGCACAAAGGUUCAGGAGCAGAAGUCCCAUUAACCAGGUAAAAUAAAUAUUUAUGCAGGUAUUUUGCAAAUACUAUACAUGUUUAUAGAAAGCAUAAAGGUAAAAAAAUAAAAUAAAUAUAUACAGUGUUAUCAUUUUAAAUAUCAAAGAGGAUUUGUGGCUCCCAGUGUUUUCUUUUCCAUGGAAACCGGGUCCAUAUAGCUCUUUGGGUGUCAAAGGUUGCCGACCCUUGCCCUAGUCCAUUGCCAAUUUAAUCCUGGUUUAGUCCUGGUUCAAUUUCACACCUUGUUUUAUCAUGUUUUAGACCUGGUUUAGUCCAGGUUUCUCCACAUUUCAUAUCUACAGUACAAUUGUUUGGGUUUUCUAAAGAUAUUCAUGUUUGAAGCACUUUUAUAAAAUAUUUAAUAAAGGUUUAUUUAUACUUAGGAUAAAAUUAUGCUUAUAAAAGAUUUUAACUGAAAACCUCUUAAAACUGACACGGGUUUGUUUCCAUUUGAAGAGUUCAUUUGCAAAAACAGAUAAAUGCCAUUUGCAAAAGUAAUCUGAGGCUUGCAGUUUACUUUAGCAUAAUAAUAUUUCCAAAAACCAGUCAGUUUUUACUGCUAUAAAAAUAUAAUUCCAUCCCUUCUUGAUAAAAUCCACUAUACAUUAUUGCCAUUGCUACUAUCUCUAGAAGAUGGACACAAAAAGAAAAACAUAUAAAAAUGGAGAUAUGUUUUUGCUAUUGAACUCUUAAUUUGAAUACUGAUGAAUUAUUAUUUAUGUUUUUAUUGUUUGACAACUGUUAUAGUUUUGGUGUCUUCCGUCCUCUUUUAGCCCUGAUGGAUGAAAAUACCAUUUACCAUAGUUGUAGUAUAAUUUUAGUGUGGGUGUGUUGGUGU